AAAAUCGAGUCGAUUGCAUUUCGCUUUUUGACUCUGCUGGAGUUCGUCGUUCAUUCUCACGGUGCGAUUCCAUGAAAUCGUGCCGAGUGUCGCUCGCCGUUGCUGCCUGCGCUGCUGCUCGAAGUCUCGGCGCUGGUGAUGAGGAAAAGAAAAUGGCGGCGGGAAAAGCGAGUGAAACCGAGGAGGACUUUCCGAGGCUGACAGCGCAGGAGGAGGACAGCUUGGCCGGAUUAGACAGCACACUGUUUGGAUUUCAGAGGCUUCAUGAAGAUGGCGCCAGAACGGAGGCCUUGCUGUUAAAGGCUGUUCGCUGCUAUGACUCUUUAAUCUUGAAAGCUGAGGGGAAAGUGGAACCUGAGUUAUUCUGCCAGCUAGGUCACUUCAACCUCUUACUGGAGGAUUACCCGAAAGCGUUAUCUGCAUACCAGAGGUACUACAGUUUACAGUCAGACUACUGGAAGAAUGCUGCCUUUCUAUAUGGCCUUGGUAUGGUUUACUUCCAUUACAAUGCAUUUCAAUGGGCGAUUAAAGCCUUUCAGGAGGUGCUUUACAUCGACCCCGGUUUUUCUCGAGCCAAGGAGAUUCACCUGCGCCUUGGACUCAUGUUCAAAGUUAACACAGACUACGAGUCAAGUUUAAAGCACUUUCAGCUGGCUUUGAUUGACUCCAGCGACUGCACUUUGUCCAAAGCUGAAAUCCAGUUCCACAUCGCUCAUCUGUAUGAGAUCCAGAAGAGGUACCGUGCAGCUAAGGAGGCUUACGAGAGCCUCCUGCAGACGGAGGACCUACCUGCACAGGUGAAGGCAACAACCUUACAACAGCUCGGUUGGAUGCAUCACACGGUGGAACAGCUGGGAGACAAAGCCAGUAAGGACAGCUAUGCGAUCCAGUGUCUGCAGAAGUCUCUGGAGGCAGAUCCGAACUCCGGCCAGUCCUGGUAUUUCCUCGGCAGGUGCUAUUCGAGUAUUGGGAAGGUCCAGGAUGCGUUCAUCUCCUACAGACAGUCCAUAGACAAAUCAGAGGCCAGCGCAGACACCUGGUGUUCCAUAGGGGUGCUGUAUCAGCAGCAGAACCAGCCCAUGGAUGCCUUGCAGGCGUAUAUCUGUGCAGUGCAGUUGGACCACAGUCAUGCGGCUGCGUGGAUGGACCUGGGAACCCUGUACGAGUCCUGCCACCAACCUCAAGACGCCAUUAAAUGCUACAUCAAUGCUACGCGUAGCAAAGGAUGCAGCAACGCGGCCGCUCUCACUGCUCGCAUCAAAUGCCUGCAGGCCUGUAAGCCCCACCACAGUGCGGGAGGAGGUUUAGGGGGGGCCCACGGUUCGGGGCAGUCACUACCCCCCCACAUGAGCCCAGUGAAUCGGGGCGAGGAGCAGUCCAGUCCUGCUAAGAGGAAGAGGACAGCUAGCCCCGGCAAGAAUUCUGCAGAGCCCUGGUCAAACAGUCCAGCACAGCAGCAUCCUCCAAACUGGUACCUUUCACCCCCCAAACUACAGUUGUUGGAACAUUUGAGGGCCAACAGGGCGAGUCUGAAGCCAAUGCAGCAGCAGAUGUUGGAGCAGCUGGAGGCUCAGCUGUCUGCCAUGCAGCUUCAGCAGCAGAUGAGGCAGAACGCGUCCGGGCAGGUGCGGCCAACCCUCCCCAACGGCCCCUCGGCCAACCCCUCACUGCCUGCGCACCCCGCCUCCAGAAACGCCGCCGUCCGCCUGCCCUGUAACGCUCAGAUGUUGGCUAAUGGGCCCUUCCCAGCCAGCCCGGGCCCCGGCCCCAUCCCCAACCUCCCUUCAGUCGGCAAUAAUCACGCGCCAGGUCCGGGAACCAACGGAGACGUGCCUUACCUGCACCCCAACGCACUACCUCAAAACUGCACAAGCCCGGGCGACGCAUGCAAGAGCCAGCAUCUCAACGCCACUCAGGGGCCACAGAAGGGUCCAGGUGCUCAUUGGGCGGGUCCUAAUGGUGACCGGCCCCUCCCUUCCAGCGCUGCGGCCGACGGUGGCCCUCACAAUCAGGUCGGACAUUCCGCCACGCCCAGCCAGCCCUCAGAGCCCGUCGUCAAUCACCACUCGUCCCCCUCCCCUUCCUCCGCCCCCAGCCCCGCCUCCUCCUCGCACACGGCUACCUCAGGUGCGCCAGCCAGCGCCCCCCCAACCAAAGAGAGCGCCCCUGCCACCGCCCUCCCUGCCCCAGCCCCACAGGGCAACGGUUCCCACACCGGUGCCAGCACUGCCACCACGCCCCCCGCCGGCCCCCUGUCCAAUCACGACAGCCGCAGUAACCACGCCUCCGGCUCCGCCUCCCCGGCGGCCGGGAUCUUGUCAGACAAUCCGCAGCUCUCGGCCCUGCUGGCGGGGAAAGAGGGCACCGCGCCGGGCGCCAAACUCAACCACAUCCACCCGCUGGUUCCCGGCAGCUCCGCCGCGUCCUCGCCGGCCUCCGCCAUGUCUACGGCCUCCGCCUCGCCGCGCUCCACCGAGAAAGCCGGGACGGCCGCGCCCGCCGUCACGGUCAACGGCAGCGGGGGAGGGGCCUGCUCGGAGGACUCCCGGAGCCCGCUGAAGGCGGAGCCGUCGGAGGGAUGCCCGAAACUCGCUCCGCCUCCUCGUACUCCGCGCUCGUCCUCCACCGUGUCCAUCUACCCCAGCUCCACCGACGUGCUCAAAGCCUGCAGAAAUUUGGGGAAGAACGGCUUGUCAAGCAGCAGCAUCCUGUUGGAUAAAUGCCCGCCCCCUCGGCUGCCCCCGCCUCCAAAUCCACCGCUACCCAAAGACAAACUCAACCCCCCCACACCCAGCAUCUAUCUGGAGAAUAAGAGGGACGCGUUCUUUCCGCCCCUCCAUCAGUUCUGCACCAACCCGUCCAACCCAGUCACAGUCAUCCGUGGCCUGGCCGGAGCCCUCAAACUGGAUCUGGGCCUGUUCUCCACUAAGACGCUGGUGGAAGCCAACCCGGAGCACCUGGUGGAAGUGCGGACCCAGUUGUGCCAGCCGGCCGAUGAGAACUGGGACGGCAGCGGCUGUAAGAAGCAGUGGCGCUUUGAGAGCAGCCGUUCACUCACCACCAUCGCCAAAUACGCCCAGUACCAGGCCGCGUCCUUCCAGGAGUCACUGCGGGAGGAGAACGAGAAGAAAGGCCAGAAGGAACUGUCAGACUCUGAAAUGACAUCGUCAGAACAAGUUGCUAGGCGACGGAAGGGCCCCUUCAAACAAAUCAAGUUUGGAACAAAUAUAGAUGUUUCAGAUGAAAAGAAGUGGAAGCUGCAGCUGCAGGAGCUGAGUAAGUUGCCUGCGUUUGCGCGGGUGGUGUCCGCGGGGAACCUGCUCAGUCACCUGGGCCACACCAUCCUGGGCAUGAACACAGUACAGCUCUUCAUGAAGGUGCCUGGAAGCAGAACGCCAGGUCAUCAGGAGCACAAUAACUUCUGCUCAGUGAACAUUAACAUCGGCCCAGGAGACUGUGAGUGGUUCGCUGUGCCGGAGCCCUACUGGGGAGUGAUGAGCGAGUUCUGUGAAAAGAAUAACAUUAAUUUCCUGAAGGGUUCCUGGUGGCCAAACCUGGAGGACCUGUAUGAGGCCAACGUGCCCGUGUACCGUUUCAUCCAGAGGCCUGGAGACCUGGUCUGGCUCAACACUGGCACAGUCCACUGGGUCCAGGCCAUCGGCUGGUGUAACAACAUCUCGUGGAACGUGGGCCCUUUGACUGCGCACCAGUACAAACUGGCCGUGGAACGUUACGAGUGGAACAAACUGCAGAGCGUCAAGUCGAUGGUUCCCAUGGUGCACCUCUCCUGGAACAUGGCCAGGAAUAUCAAAGUCUCCGAUCACAAGCUCUUUGAGAUGAUCAAGUUCUGUCUAUUGCGGACACUGAAGCAGUGUCAGAGUAUUAAGGAGGCCCUGGCUGUGACGGGGAAGGAGGCGGUCUGGCAGGGGCGAAGCAGGGAUGAGCCUGCCCACUACUGCAGUAUCUGUGAGGUGGAAGUCUUCAAUCUUCUCUUUGUCACGAGUGAGAGUAACUCGCGGAAGGUGAAAGUGACUCACUGUCAGGACUGCGCACGGAAAGGCAGCAGUAAUCUGGACGGCUUUGUGGUGCUAGAGCAGUACAGGAUGGAGGACCUGAUGCAGGUCUACGACCAGUUCACAUUAGCUCCUCCUCUGCAUUCAUCUUCAUCUUGACAUUAAGAACAUUUGUAGUUCUGUCGACAAAAGAGCAUUACAGGAACUUUAUAAAAAAAAAAAACGGACCAUUUCUGAUAUUCAGGAAAGUCAAGGCAGUCUCUCGCAUGGCUGGUGUCCAUGGCGACCGCCUGGGGCUGCCGGCUCGAAGUGGCUGUGUGUGUCUAUGCAACCUGUUGAUAAAAUGCAGCGUGUCGGCCUACAGGGGGCGCUAGUGGGUGCACUUCUCCCUGGUCCUCUCCCCUAUAGGUGGAUCUGCUGUGUCUUUAGAAAAAUAAUCACAAAAAAAAAAACUUGGGAGAAAAUUGUGGAAAAAAUUUGU